AGAGUAAAGAAAAAAGUUUACAGAAAAAAAACGUCGAAUAUUUUCCGCACAUUUCUACAAUUUGACAUGGUAGUAGUGUCUGUGGAAAUCUGAGUGAUAACGGGGACUACGGGGACAUGUCGACAACUAGUGGCGGUGACACUGAAUACAUGCAAGAAAACUCGGUGAACUCGGUGACUACCUUAUACAACGGCGAUCAUACGGUUGUCAACCAUAGAGUGACGCCACCGUCUUCGUCCAAUGCCGACAGUGGUUUAGAUAAUUCUUAUCCAGAGUCAUCCGCUGGCGACGCUAAACUUAUUAUAGACGUGCCCGACUUUUCCAAAGAAAUGGAAACACCACGCACGGGUAUUGAUAACCCUAGCUUUGAGACUGAUAAAACUGAUGUACCAAAACCUAUAACUAACGGGCAUAAUGGUACCGUUAAUCACGAAAAGGAUAAAAUGGCUGAAGCUGUGAAUUUAGAAUUAAUUAAUAUGAAACCGUUUGCUAAAAGCAUUAAUGGCAAAGAAAAUGGAGUACCCAAGAAAAAAAAAGAAACUGCUGUCAAUAUGAACGAUACAUACGAUGACUAUUUUAUCCCUGUAAAUGAACACAAAAAAUACAUUAGAGGCGGAGAAAAACUGUAUGUAACCAAAGAUAAACGAGAUAUGAAUCAAUCUAAAAAACCAUUUAUUUGUUGGGUGUUUGGCCUAGUCUUAUUGGCUGCUGCUGUCAUUAUCGCAAUUUUAGCGUCAACUGGUGUAAUAUUCAAUAAUGAAACUGCAGUGGAAAGUAGGAAUUUCAUGGAGAAUGAGAAAAUCGCUGGUUUUGGUAAUCACCAUGGACAUUUCUCAUCAGUCAGCCCACCUCCUAGUAUAGAUAGCUCGAGUCCAUUCAAUCCUCCGACUACUGAUAUGUCAGGAGUGUACCUUCCUAGAACCGUGCAAGGUGAAAUUGUUAUUGAUAAUUUGGUAUUUACUCCUGGCUUAGCAAACAAAUCAUCUACAGAAUUUAUAACAUUAGCUAGUUCAAUCGAAACCGAGCUAAAAAAUGCUCUUUUUAAAAACCAACCAUCAAAUAGUGUUGCUGAUGAUAUACAUAUUAAAGUCUUAGAAUUUUCUUCUGGAAGUGUAGUAGCUAAGUAUAGAAUAGGCUGGGAAUAUAAAGAUGACAGUGAACCACAGGAUCUCAUUGAUGCAGUUACUCUUAAAACUCGAUUGGAUAGUUUUAUAAGAGAGUCUAAUGGAUUUUUAUACAAUUAUAAAGUUCCUAUCCAUAGAUUGCGCUCAGAUCCUGUUAUGGAUAAAUGCAAAAUAAAUAACGGAAAAUGUUCCCAUUACUGUUCUUACGAUUAUAAAAGUUUAGAUUUUGUAUGUUCAUGUCCGUCUGAACUCACUAUAAGUGAGAAUAUGAAAGACUGCAAACGGAUUAGUAAAGAUAUUAAUAAUGAUGAUAUAGAUGAUAUUAAUGUCCAUGAUGAUAAACAUGACGAAGAUAGCUUUGACACUAAGUCCGAUUACGAUUCAUUUUCGGAACUUGAACCUAGUUCGGUACCUGAAUCUAAAUCAGAAGUAGAGUCUGAAUUAAAGCCAGAACCGGAACCUAGUUCAGAACCAGAAGGAAAAGUUGAACCAGAGCCAAAUACUGUUCCUGAAGUAGAACCUGAACCAAACCCAAGUUCAGAAUCUGAAGGAAAAGCGGAACCAGAGCCAAAUACUGUUCCCAAAGUAGAACCUGAACCAAAGCCAAGUUCAGAAUCUGAAGGAAAAGCGGAACCAGAGCCAAAUACCGUUCCCGAAGUAGAACCUGAACCAAAGCCAAGUUCAGAAUCUGAUAUCGUUGGAGAAUUGGUGCCUAGUACAGAAUCAGAAGUAAAAGCAGAACCAACACCAAGUUCAGUUCUCGAAGUCAAACCUGAAUCUGAACCUAUUUCUGAAUCAGAAGUAAAAGCAGAGCCAGAGCCAAAUUCAGUAUCAGAAGUCAAAGCUGAACCAGAGCCAAAUACCGUUCCCGAAGUCGAACCUGAACCAAAGCCAAAUACAGAAUCUGAAAUUGUUGCAGAAUUAAUGCCUAGUACAGAAUCAGAAGUAAAAGCAGAACUAAUGCCAAGUUCAGUUCCUGAAGUCAAACCUGAACCUACUUCUGAAUCAGAAGUAAAAGCAGAGCCAGAACCAAAUUCAGUAUCAGAAGUUAAAGCUGAACCAGAGCCUAGUUCCAAAUCUGAACCAGAGCCUAGUCCCAAAUCUGAACCAGAGCCUAGUCCCAAAUCUGAACCAGAGCCAAGUUUAAUAUCUGAAGUCAAAGCUGAACCAGAGCCUAGUUCGGAACCAGAAGUAAAAGUAGGACCAGAACCUAGUCCAAAACCAAUAGUAAAAGUAGAAUCAGAAAUUGGCACAAAAAUUGAACCUGAUUCUAAACCAGAACCAGUACCUAGUGCAGAGUCAGAUUCAAAAAGUUCUAUUGACAAUUAUGAAACGUUGUCAGAUGUUGACAUUAGUUCUGAAUCAGAUACUGUAGAACAAAAUAAUAACCCAUCUUCGAGUUCUUCAUCAGAAAAACCAAUUUUAAAUAUUGAUCAAUCUGAUAGAGAAGCAAAAUCACAUUCAGAUGAAGUAUUCAGUCACGAAAUCAAGCCAGAAGUAACUUACAGUGUAUCAACAGAAACUGAAUUUGAAACAAAAACAGAGUUGGCAUUUAAAGAUAACUCUAAACCUAAAGAAAGUUCUGAAUUAUUAGGAGAUAUUGAUUUGAAUGAUCCAGAAGAAUCUACUGUAAUUCCAUCGAUAACUGAAAACUGGUUGACUACUACUCUAUCUAGUAUUCCUAGCAUUCCUAAAUUACCUAGUGAUUUGGAAGUAACAGAAAAAGAAAAUGGAUCUACAGAAGAAAAAGUGAAGACAGAGGCUUUAGGUUUUGAACAGAUGGAAUUGAAAUCUGAAAAUAAAUCUACUAUUAUUGAUUUAAUGUCUGAAUCCCAUAGUAAAAGUCCAAUUGAAGAAAUAAUAACUGAAAUACCAGAAACAACUAUUUCAGGUAAUGUAAAAGAUUUAUUAGGUGUAGUAACAGUUUCAACUAUAGAUGUAAGUUCAACCAUCAAAGAAGAUAUGAAUUUACCUAUGAAAGAAUUGGAAAAUAUUUCAAAUGAACAUGUUACUGAAUACAUUUAUAUGACCACUAUGCCUUCAACAAUAGAUCAAGAACUAGUUAUGCCAUUACAUAGUUCAGAAAACCCAAAUUCCUUAGAAAAAAAUAAUUCAAAUGAUUUGACAAAUUUAGAAAAAACUAAUAUACCCGACCCUACUAAAAAGUUACAAUCUUUAACAUCCCUGGAAGAUCAGGUAACUAAUUCACCUCAUAUUGAAGUUUUAAGUACUUCUACACAAAGUAAUAUGGAUAAUUUCAACGAAAAUAGUUCACCUGAUGAACAAGAUACGAUUUUAACACACUCAAAUGAAUCAAACUUAUCAGAUGUUGUUAAUGAAAACGAUAAUAUGAGUGCAUUAGAUUUAUACCAAAAACCAGAAUCAAAGAAAAAAGACAAAAAGACUUCUAAAAAUCCUGAAUUUUAUUUAUCUGAUAGUGGAUUUACAAAAAGAAACAAAAUAAAAACAGAAAAAGAAAACAAAAAAAAUAAUAAAUCUGAUGCUAUGGAUAUGAUGACAGAAUUAUUAAAUUCCAACAAAUGUGAAGAAGGACAAUUCCAGUGUAUAAAUGGUACAACCAAAGAUGGUUCAUAUUGUAUAAAAAUGUCGUCAAGAUGUGAUACAAAUAAAGAUUGUACUGAUAACUCAGACGAAUAUGACUGUGCUGAAAAUUCUUGUGCUGGAAAUUUCCUGUGUAAAAGUGGAGAAUGUCUACAAAGAAACCUGGUUUGCAAUAAUAUAAUGGAAUGUGAAGAUGGCAGUGAUGAACAAUCUUGUGAUUUAUGGAAGUGUGCUAAUGAUGAAAAACAAUGUACUGGUGGUCAAUGUUUACCAGAAGCCUAUUUUUGUGAUGGAAAAUCUGAUUGUAAUGACCAUUCAGAUGAGCUACAAUGCAACAGUACUUGUAAUGGGUAUCAAUGUUCAAACAGCUAUUGCAUAUCGAGUACUUUACGAUGCAAUGGAGUAAAUGAUUGUAGUGGAGGAGAGGACGAACAAAAUUGUGAAUGUAGUUCCAAUGAAUUUAAAUGUAAUACGGGUUCAGAAUGUAUUCCAAAAACCCAAAUUUGUGAUAAUGUACCACAGUGCACAGACCAAAGUGAUGAAUGGCAGUGUGUUCAACUUGAUGGUGUUCAACUUUUUGCAAAAAAAGAAAGUGAAAUAGCUAUGAAAGUAUGCAGUAAUGAUUGGUCAGAAACAUGGAGCAACUUUGUGUGUCAAAGUCUUGGAUUUACUGAAACAAAAACAACUAAUUUCCGAUCAAAUGAAAACUCUACUGAAAACUUAGUGGGGUAUCUUAAAUUGAAACAGAAUUCAACUUUAAAUAGUUCUAAGAGUUUGACGGGAUAUCUUGAACCAGCUUUAACGUCUUGUGAGACUGUAGAAAUUAAAUGUUCUUCUAAACACUUAUGUGGAGAUUUUGGGGGCAAAGAUCCAUUAUCAAUGGAAAUGUGGCCUUCUGUUGUCUACCUUCAUAACACUUUAACCCAUAAGUCAUGUACAUCUAGUCUUGUAAAACGGAAUUGGAUAUUAUCGUCUUAUAGCUGUGUACAUUCCAUUGAUGAAUCUCUAUCGCCUGAACAAUGGGAAGUAAUUUCAAGCAAAUCUCGAGUAGCCAAUGAACAGAAUUUAACAAAAAGAUCAGUUUCUAGAAUAAUUAGUCAUCCUGGAGUAAAAUUCGAGAAAUUGCGCUAUUUCAAUGACUCAGUUUUAGUAGAACUUAGUACACCAUAUGAUUUAUCAGAAGAAGUUAAUACAAUUUGUCUACCUGAAAAAGUUGUUGAUAACAAACAACCAUGUGUCACUGCCAGUUGGUCUUAUGAGUCUCCAGGAGUUUUCAAACAAUUUUCACGCUCUUUAUCUGAACCAUUAAUGCAAACAGAUUUGUGCAACUCAACAAAGCACUUUAAUGGUUUCCUGACAGAACAGGAAAUUUGUGUUGCUUCAGGAGAAAUGGAAGCCAGUAAUAUGGAAAUCGGAUCACCGUUAAUGUGUUUGGCAGAAAAUGGAUUGUGGCAGGUACAAGGCAUGCUCAGUUACCGAGGUGGUUAUGGUCGGUCUUCUAAACCAUCUCUUUACAACGCAAUUGUAGAAUCUGUACCAUGGAUAGAGAACACAAUAGCAUUUGGUGUCUAACAUGUUCUCUUGGUCAGUUCCCCGUGGGCCUAAAUGAUUAAUAUUGUAAAAGUAUUUAAUAAUAAUAAUGAAAUGACGACCGUUAUAUUAUUAUCUAUAGUGUCGUA